CGUAAAUCCUUACAUACCACCUAGCAAAUAAGGUGUUUAUUCUCAAUUCUCAAAGCGUAGUUUUCGCAAGAUUAAGAAAUCUGGCCACGGAAUACGGCCCGCAUCCACUAUAGCUUCUUUUCCAAAACCUUCUGACUUGUUGAGCAUGCGCGUCGCAACCAUGUUGAACAUUUUUUCCGAUUACCUUUACAAUGAACUUGUUUCGCCCAGUCUUCCUGGUCUUUAUUCUGUUUAUCCACCAGUGUAUCAUCGCGUUUGGACCUCGGCACUAUAGCUUCGAAACUCAGGAGCGAUUUGGAAACAUUCGUGCUCGGGUUGUAGAUGAGGAAAGAGACACAUAUAUCAAGACAAUAGUGGAGGAAAUGACUCCCGAAGAACUGAUUAUGCAAGUCCACUUGAUGUUCGCUGACAAUAUUAUCGGGCCCAACUCUGACAAUGGUCUCUAUGAUUUUGCUACCCGAUUUGCACCUACGGCUGGGGUAGGCGUCAUGCACGAUUGGUACCCGACAAAUGCAUCGUAUUACAACUCUGUCCAGAAACUCAAUCUCGAGAAAUCGCGUCUCCCCGUCCCAUUCAUGCAGCUCGGAGAAUGUCUUCAUGGCGUGGGUUCAUUCAAGCAGAGUAUGUUCCCUCAAUCCAUCGGGAUGGCAGCUUCCUGGGACACAUCGCUCGUUCAUCGGGUAGGAAGGGCCAUCGGAACAGAGGCUCGUGCCCUUGGAAUACAUGCGUGUUUAGCACCAGUGCUUGAUUUAGGGAAAGAUGUCAGAUGGGGUCGUGUACAAGAGGCUUGGGGUGAAGACUUUUUGCUUACUUCACACAUGGGUGUGGCGUACGCUUCUGGUCUCUCCAAGAAUGGGUCUUGGUCAGACGCAGACGCGGUCAUUCCUGUCAUGAAACAUUUUGCAGGCCAUGGAAGCCCUAGCGGAGGACACAAUGCUGCUCCGUAUAAUGGCGCUGGACUUCGCCAGUAUCUCAUGGAGUUCUUUCGGCCAUUCAAAGCUGUGAUAGACUUGGGAGGUGCGAGAGGCGUUCUGAUGGCAUACCAUGAAUUCGACGGUGUUCCUUCUGUGGUCAAUACAAUGUUUUACGAUGCGCUGCAGGAUUGGGGCUUCGAUGGAUUCAUUAUUGCAGACGAUGCGGCUUUGAUCAUGCUACAACAGGGACAUAUGGUAUCAGAUUCACCUGCGGAUACGCUUUCGCAAUGGUUCAAUGCCGGUGGGAUGAUUCAAUACUAUGAUUUUGAUAUCGAGACUUUCUUGAACGUCACGAGUGACCUGUUGGCAAACGACUCAGUGCCUUUGUCCACUUUACAAUCUCAUGUCACUCAAAUUCUAAAGGUCAAAUAUGACAUGGGUUUGUUUGCGAACGCUACAAGUAAAACUUCCUCAGAACCAAACUCGACCUCUCUCUAUGUUCCGUCGGAUAUAGUAUAUCAGGAUUUAACAGCCCACCAUGCGCCGCUCACUCUAGAAGCGGCGCGUGCCUCCAUUGUUUUGCUCGAGAAUAGAAACUCUACCUUGCCUAUAAAACCAAAUACACAAAACAUUUCACGCAUUGCUUUGAUUGGGCCUUUUGGAGAUAUCUUGAAUUACGGAGAUUACUCAGGUCCUUGGGGUGCUAGUCCAGCUCAAAAUGGUACGACCAUUCGGCAGUCAACACUCGAACACAUCAAGAAUUCGAGUCUUGAUGUCGAACUCGUUACAAGCAUAGGUUCUAACACGUGGUAUUACAAUGCUCAAUAUGGCAUUCCUGCAUAUCUGCUUUCCCCAAUCGUUGACCAAACCAAUACAUCAUCAGAAGAGCAUGGGCUAUUAGGCACUUAUUUUGCAGACCCAAAUUUCACUGACGCCUGUUUCUCCCAAGUUGACGUUCCUAAUAAGGACUGGGGCCUAUACCCACCUCUUGGUCUUCCCUCAAACAACUUUAGUGUAAUAUGGGAAGGAAGAUUGACUGUGCCAGUUGAAGGCGAGGUAAAGGGCUCCAUUGGUGUUGCCGUGUCUCCCAACACAACAGCACGGCUGUUUAUUGAUGGUGCGCUGGUUGCAGAAUCACCAUUGACCACCGCAGGCAAUAUCCUAGGGAACAUUGAACCGUUGUCAUACGAUACAAUGAACGGGACUAUGAUGCCUCCUGGAGGAGCUCAGUGGACUUUCCAACAGGGCGCAACGCACCAUAUAAGGAUCGAGUAUCAGACUUGGAAUCUGUAUCAAAAACUAGCAAACGUGAAUUCGGUGAAUGCGCAAGUCGCAUUUUGGUGGAAUUUGGUGGAUCCUGACGCUAUUGCGAAGGCUAUUGACGUUGCAAAAACGUCGGAUCUGAUCAUUCUCGCAGUGGGUGCAAACUGGAACAGCGAUGGGGAAAACGGUGAUAGGGCGACACUUGGCCUGUCGGAAAACCAAACUGCCCUGGCUGACGCGUUGUUCGAUCUCGAGAUACCAAUUGUACUGGUGUUAGAAGGUGGUAGACCUUUUGCUAUCCCGGAUUACUAUGAUCGAUGUGCAGCCGCCCUAGAAACGUUCUUUGCAGGUCAAUCAGGCGGUCAGGCUAUUGCUGAUGUCUUGUUCGGAGAAUUUAAUCCGGGAGGAAGAAUGCCACUGAGUAUCCCGUAUGACGCUUCGUCUCUGCCGGCUUUUUACAACUAUCACGCUACUGCUCACGCAGUUGACUAUACUGAUAUUUACUCAUACCCUUCUCACUGGUUCGGUUAUGGAUUGUCCUACACAAACUUUUCCAUCUCCGGAUUCAACGCAACUUCUUCAGGUGGCGUCAAGACCUUCACAAACGGGGAAACGAUCACUUUCCGUGUAACUGUGACCAAUGAAGGUAGCCUAUCUGGAAGUUAUGUCGCUCAGAUCUAUCUUCUUGCUCGGGUUUCAAACAUCGUCCGUGCAGAAAGGCAGCUCGUCGCUUUCACCCGGGUGUACCUCAAUGCUGGUGAAAGUAAACAUAUAACAAUGGAUCUGGAGGUCGACCGCUAUCUUCCAAUUGUUAAUCGUCAAUACAACUGGGAGCUCGAGGCAGGCGAUUAUACAUUUGCUAUUAUGGAUUCUGGAGCCCCUACGGCAAGCACUGCGAUGAACGUGACGAUGUCUUGCUUGUUCAGAUGAAGGCGGAAGUGCUGCGAAAGUAGAACAAUUUCUAUGACAUUGCCAGACUGUGAAUUUUGAAUAGCUGAAUUUACACAUGCUCAGUUCAACAUACCUGCGUUGUGCAGCUAAACCUCAAGAGACGAAAUGAUUUUAUUCAGAACAUAGUAGUUGAGUAUGC